CUGGAUUGCCCAAUGACGAUAGAUGCGGAUUGGCUUGGCUUGCAAGCUGAAAAAAAGAGCGAGAGGAGCGUGCACAGCGAGAAGAGGAAGAAACGUCUGCGAGAUCUGCAGAACUCUUCGGCACUGAUCUCAUCUUCAAAUAACGAUCAGUCGCAAUCGGUCACAGGCACUGGCAACAAUCUGCCAUCGAUCUUUCCUAUUAGGGAGGAAAACAAGCCAGACGAUGACCGGGCCUCCACUUCCAGUUCGAUCUCCCAAUCCUCUAUCCUGUCUCGAGAUGGCCCCCAACGCUCUGGAGGGACACGGACAUCAACGAGCUCGGCAACCGACAGCUCCAAGCAUUCGAUUGCAGACGACGAGGACUUGAAUGAGGAAGAACUGAAGGAGGAAGAAAGACUCAAGCUUCUGGCGUUAACUCAGUCACCUUUUGUCCGAGGUGCUACCGAGGUUUACAGAGACCGUGAACAUCAUCAAGUGAUGAAGAAAACCUCGGGACUAACCCAACACACUGAACAAUGAAAACUCAGCUCCUCUCACAGAUCGGUGUCAUCUCUAACUCCACCUGCUUUGUAUUAUUCAUAAUAUCACCACUCAAUUCAUCCCCUCUCCUUCUUUCACUAUUAAUAAUCAGGUCGAUUGCUGCAACCUUGUUUCAAAUAACAUAUAAUCCCUAUUUCAUAUCUCUCUUUCAUUCUCUUUGUGCGGUUUCUUAACAUUCUUGUACUUUUUCUUCUCUCACACUCUCUCCUCUUUUAUUAUGAUCCUCUUUCUGUUAUUGCCCUAUUUUAUUUCUUUUUUUAUCCUUGGAACAAUGUCUUAUUGGAUUAACUAUGUCAUGCUGGCUGUGUAAACACCCAUGCAUAAACUAAAUACACUUAUAAAUAUCUAUAUACAUAUUGACAUGCAUAGUUUUCAAGCAGAUUAGACACAAUCUACUUAUUAAUCAAUAAUCAUUCUUCACCUUCCUUCCCAAGUUUUUCUUUUACAGUUCAUGAUGGCUGGUGGUCACUUUUUUAAUUACUUUGGUUGGUAUGGUGAAAUCUUGGUUGCCCUCUUCUAUGUAUUCAUUCUUGAUGCUCUGUUGGCUGUUGUUUCCAUUUUUUCCCCUUUGUUUUUUGUUUUUGAAAGAAUCCUCAUCAUCACUCAUUAUCCUCCUGGUUGUUUGACAUCACAUCCAUCUUGUGAUAGUAAUCCCACCACCCCUGCCCUGUUUUUUUACCCUUAUCUCAAAUUUCAGUCUUUUACUUACUUGGUCAUGAUUUUGAUGAAUCUUACCAAUGUUGUCAAAUGAAAUCCAGAUUGAUGUUUGUGUAUGUAUGUACUGCUAUCAUCUGUGUGAAGUGCUGGUUACCAGUACAGGUCUGCUGUCAAAUCUUGUGAGCAUCAAAAUUAGCAAUCCAAUAUCAACCUUGCUGGUGGCUGUUAACAG